UCUACAAGGACUCAGAGGGGUAUCAUAUCGAAAAAAGAAAGAAAAGGGGUGGUGGUGGGGGGGGGAAACAGCCUGAUUACCACAUGCAAAUAUAUAAAAAGACAACCUCAACCAAGUGAACCACCACCGGAUGGAGAACCCAGCUGACACAUAAAGAAGAGUCUCUGUGUUUAGGGAAGCUUGGGGCUCUGCUCCUUUACUGCAAGAGAGCCUGAACUCAAUUAGUGCAAUUUUUUGAAGCAUGGCCUGAGGGAUCCGGUCACUAUCAAGUCAAACUACAAACAGUGAAAGGUUGCUACUAUUGCCAAAUAGGAAAAUUCUGAAGAUACCAGAGCUACACACAAGGAACACGUCAUUUAGCACCUUCACUUUUUGAUCCCUACACCAGACAAUGAGAAGUCACGCCGUAACGAUGCCAACCACUUCGGCCUACAGCUGGCCUUGGUCCUCUCAGGGAGUGAACUUUACAGCUAAUCACAGCAUCCCAACGCCACACACCAUGUCAGGAACAUCAGAUACUAACUGUGUCAUGGAUGAGAAACUGCUCUCUAGCGUGUUAACAGUAUCCUUCUCUGUUAUUUUCAUCGUGGGACUGGUUGGAAACAUAAUCGCCCUCUAUGUAUUUCUGGGUAUCCACCGCAAGAGAAACUCCAUUCAGAUUUACCUACUGAAUGUAGCCAUUGCAGAUCUCUUACUGAUCUUCUGCCUGCCUUUCCGCAUAAUGUAUCACAUUAACCAGAACAAGUGGACACUCAAUAUGAUCCUUUGCAGGGCUGUGGGAACACUAUUUUAUAUGAACAUGUACAUUAGCAUUAUUUUGCUUGGAUUCAUCAGUUUGGAUCGCUACAUAAAAAUCAAUCGGUCUAUACAACAACGGAAGGCAGUAACAACCAAACAAAGUAUUUAUGUUUGCUGUAUAGUAUGGACAGUUGCUCUUGCUGGAUUUCUAGCUAUGAUUAUAUUAGCCCCUAAGAAAGAAGGCCAUGAUUCCAAUAAUUCCACAAUGUGCUUCCAUUAUAGAGAGAGGACGAAUGCCAAGGGAGAAGCAAUUUUUAACCUCUUUCUUGUGGUAAUGUUCUGGCUAAUUUUCUUACUAAUAAUCCUUUCAUAUAUUAAGAUCGGCAAGAAUCUACUGAGGAUUUCUAAAAGGAGGUCCAAAUUUCCCAACUCUGGUAAAUAUGCCACCACAGCUCGGAAUUCCUUUAUUGUACUCAUCAUUUUUACUAUAUGUUUUGUUCCGUAUCAUGCCUUCCGAUUUGUCUAUAUUUUUUCACAGCUAAACAAUCCACCUUGCUAUUGGAAGGAAAUUGUUCACAAAACCAACGAGAUCAUGCUGGUUUUCUCGUCUUUCAAUAGUUGCUUAGACCCAGUCAUGUAUUUCCUGAUGUCCAGUAACAUCCGCAAAAUAAUGUGCCAGCUUCUUUCUAGACGCUUUCAAGGGGAAGCGAGCAGAAGUGAAAGCACGUCAGAAUUUAAACCAGGGUACUCCCUGCAUGAUACAUCUGCUGCAGCUAAAAUUCAGUCUCCUUCUUAAAUCACUUGAAGUAAACACAUUAAAAAGAAUGAGAAAAUACAACAUCUUAAUACUUUGAAGAACUAAAACCUAUGAAACAAAGUUCUAGCAUUUGCAAAGCUCAGAUCUGCUCAAAGCUUGUUGCAUAUUUGUGAUAUUUCAUUUGCUUAGUUGUAAAAUAUUUCAAGGGCAAGAGAAGCUUAUACUCAUCACUAGAUUUUAAAUCUGUAUGUAAAAUCUUUUCAAAACAUGUUGUUAACACUCUUAACAUAGAUUAUAGAGUUCAGUGAAAUUUAUAGUUUU